GCUAAAUUGACUUAAUUUUGCAGGGCUAGGUCCAUUGCGAAGAUUUGGUUCAAAUUUACUUCAAUUGUUUGGAAUAAAGCAGAUUUAUGAUACAAAGUUGACCCACGCCUAUGCUCUUGAACUUUUACAUUGGAUGUGCAAACAUAUAUCCACUAUAGAUGACACAAAACUUCUGCAAAGUGGAGUAUAUGAUGCAUUCUUUGGAGCUAUCAAAUUUGGGACCAUUGAAGUUGUUAUUGAGAUGCUCAAAGCCAAUCCCAGUCUUUUAACUGUUUCAAACCCCAAACGCAGAGGCAUCCUUCAGUAUGCUGUUAAACAUCGGCAAGAAAAAAUUUUUAGCCUUAUAUACGCGCUUGAGACAAGAAAGCACUUGCUGAUCUCUUUAACUGAUUAUAAUCAAAAUAACAUUUUACACAUUGCAGCGAAGUUAGCACCUCCUGAUCGACUUGCAAGCAUUUCAGGUGCAGCUUUGCAGAUGCAAAGAGAGCUACAGUGGUACAAGGAAGUGGAAAGUAUUGUGGAUCCUUCAUUUCAAGAAAAUGUCAACUUGCUCUUUGAAACACCUAAGCAAAAAUUUUCUAAUCAACACAAGCAGUUAGUGAGUGAUGGAGAGAAAUGGAUGAAGGAGACAGCAACAUCUUGCACAGUUGUAGGCGCUCUUAUCAUUACUAUAAUGUUUACUGCAGCAUUCACUGUUCCUGGUGGUAACUUUCAAGAUACCGGCUCUCCAAUAUUCUUACAUAGAAAAUCAUUUGUGACUUUUAUAAUAUCCGAUGCAAUUUCACUCUUUGCUUCCUCAACAUCAGUAUUGAUGUUCUUAGGAAUCCUGACGUCUCGGUAUGCAGAGGAUGACUUCCUCAAGUCCUUGCCCACUAAGUUAAUUAUUGGUCUUUCUACCCUUUUCAUUUCAAUUGCAACCAUGAUGGUAGCAUUUUGUGCUACUCUUAUAAUAAUGUUUCAGGGAGAGCUAAAACUUGUAAUUCCAAUCACUUUUUUAGCUAGUAUUCCUAUCACCCUUUUCAUACUGCUGCAAUUUCCUCUUCUUGUUGAGAUAUUUGUAUCCACGUACGGACCAGGCAUCUUUGAUAAAAGCAUGAGGUAUUGGUACUGAGCAUACCACACAAUGAAGUGAUACCCUCUUCAACUUUUUGUGGGUUAAGAAAGCAGUAAUGGCUUUCACUAUUGAAAUCUCUCUCUCUCUCUCACUUCACUUCAUCCUAGUACCACUGCAACGUUGUAC